AUGUCUUCGAAAGUGUGGCUCAUCACCGGCGCGAGCUCUGGUAUUGGUCUUGCCAUCGCCAAAUAUGUCCUUUCCCAAGGCGAUAAGGUCAUCGUUACUGUCAGAUCCCUGUCGAAGUUGCCUGAGGAACUGAAGGGUACCGAGGCUCUUGCGCUCGAUCUCAAUGCUUCCGAUGAUGAGAUUCGCAAGGUUGGCGAGGCGGCAUUGAAGAUAUAUGGGCACAUCGACGUGUUAAUCAACAACGCUGGCUAUGGCCUGGCGGGGCCAGUGGAGGAACUGAAGAUGGAGGAUAUCCGGACCCAAUUCCAGACGAACGUGUUCAGCGUGAUCGCGCUGACGCAGGUGCUGCUACCCCACUUCCGCGCAAGGAAGUCGGGUCACAUCAUCAACAUAUCCACCGUUUCGGCGUACUGGAACUACCCCAGUUGGGGCGCAUAUUCCGCGUCGAAGGCCGCGAUCGACGCGUUCUCCGAGACACUCAGCUACGAACUCGAGCCGUACGGGAUCCGUGUGCUCGUUUUCUUCCCCGGUUACUUCCCCACCAAAUUCUUCUCCCAACCGCGCGCGGCGGAGGUGGACUCGACCGUGUACACAGACCCGAUGCAGGGAUACCAGUCGCGUUCGGCCAUCCCAAAGGGACGUUACGAGGGCGGGCAGAUUGGUGACGUGGACAAAUUUGCGCAGCGGACGUACGAGAUCGUGCACGGAACAGGGUUGGCGGAGGGGCUCGUGGAGGGUCAGGGUGGGAAGCGGUCGUGGAUGCGCGUGCCCUUGGGCAGCGACUGCAGCGAGCUCAUGCUUCAGAAGAUGGACAGUGUGAAAGAGAACAUCGUCGCGGUCGAGAGGAUCACGAGGUCGACUGACGUUGAGGCGGAUAGACUGAAGGAGUUUGCAGUGUAG